AAGUACCUAUUUUUGGGAAAAUUGCUUCUCAGUUUUUAUUUCGAUCUUUGGUUUGCUACUAUUUUUGUACUUCAUCGGUGCUGUGCAGACAUACAUGCAGAUGGCAACUGAGAAGUCAGAGGAGAUUACAGAAAAUAUGAAACGUAAAGAAAUAGACAUACAGUUAUGGCUAUCGAGAAACAAUCUCCGUGAUCAAAUGAAAGAAUGGAUCAUCUCCUGCAUACACGAUAGACUGAAAGAAAGGAAAGAUUUUGAUACGGAGAACCCGAUUCCUUAUCUUUCAGACAUAAAUCUUGCAAAGGAGAUUAAGCGCCAUCUUUGCUUACAUCUGCUAGAAAAAGUGCAAAUCCUUAAAAAUGAAAGUGAAUAUCAGCUGCGAUUGAUCUGUGAAUCUCUCAAGCCAUUGUAUUACAAUGAGAACAGCUACAUUCUCCGGGAGGGAGAACCACUCAUUGCGAUGAUCUUCAUCACGCAAGGCAGUGUAUUGUGCUUCAAAACCAAUAAUGGUGAGAAUGGUGAGGGAACCGUCUCAGGCACUCAGUGUAUUGAAAAAGGUAUGUUCUAUGCAGAAGAACUUCUGGAGUAUUGGGGGUUCAAUGGCUCUCCCGAGCCCCAACUAUCCGACCUCCCGAUCUCUAAAACCGUUAAAACCCUUACAAAAGUUGAAGCCUUUGCUCUGACGGCCGACAAAGGGAAAAUUCUAAUUUCUAGGCGUUCUCAAGCCGCUUCCCAAGCAAAACGGUAUGCACAAGAAGCACUAGCUCGCUAGUACCUUAAUGAAAAGAUGAAUGAAAAUUCUCCCAAAAUGGCUAGGGAUAACAGCACGAGCUGUCAUGCUCUUGGUGCUUCAAGACUAGCAGCGCCACACGUUGUUGAAAAGCAGUAGUUUGUUCUGAAAGCCUUUGUGUUAAGUUGUAUAGUCCACUUGUUUGCCCGUAAAACAGUUGCUAGUUGUUUGAAUUCCGAAUGGUGAACGUAGAAUUAGGAAAUGAAGAACUUGUUAAUU